CGACCAUCCAGCUUCGGUCUAGUCAUAUCCACACGCUAUAUUCUACUAGAACUAUUCAUAUCUCUUAUCAUUUUGAUUGUCUUCCCUGAAAGGGCCAAUACACACGCGGAAUCAUGGUCUUCGGCAAGUCGAAGGAAUCCACCCCAACGGGAACUCCGUUAGAGCAAGAGCCGACAGAAGACGCCGCUGUUCCUCCAGCCCAAAAGUCGAGCUGGACAUCUUUUGUAAAGCAGGUCGCCUCUUUCUCUGGAGAUCUCUCGAGCCUCACCGCACCACCCUUCAUCCUCUCCCCAGUAUCUCUAACCGAGUUUCCAGCAUACUGGGGUGAGCGGCCUGAGUUAUUCUCGUCUAUCUCGGACGGCGUCGACGAGGAGGAUCGGUCUGUGCGAGUAUUGAAAUGGUUCAUUGCGACGCUCAAGGGGCAAUAUACGUCACGUAAUGAGAAGAUGGGGUCUGAAAAGAAGCCACUUAACCCUGUCCUUGGCGAACUCUUCUUCGGCGAAUGGCCCGAGACAUCCACCCGGGGGAAGACGUCCCUCACCGUCGAGCAAGUCUCUCAUCAUCCACCGGUGACUGCGUACCGUAUGUACAACGCCAAGGCCGGUGUCGAGCUGGUUGGGUUUUCCGGACAGAAGACAAGCUUCUCUAGUGGAAGCAUCAUCGUCAAGCAGACUGGACACGCGGUCUUGACCAUUCAUGGACUGCCAGAGGGGAAGGAGCAGUAUCUUAUCACCUUGCCUCGGUUGAGGAUCGACGGUAUCUGGUACGGGAGUCCGUACAUAGAACUCAGUGAUUCUAGUUUCAUUCAAUGCGACAACGGCUGGUUCAGCUCAAUCGAGUACAAGGGGAAGGGGUAUUUCUCCGGUAAGCCCCAUACUUUCAAGGCAACACUCCUUCCACCCGAGAACCACCCCCAACCUUCCGAGCACACGCACAUCAUGGAAGGGACGUGGCACGAGACAUCCACAUAUAGCAAGACGUCUGGUUUCCAGCCCGAGCUGAUCGGGACACCCUACUUCACCGAUGUCCGAGGACCGAAGGAGGAGAUCAGUGUGAAACCGGAAAGUGAGCAGGGAGAGUGGGAGAGCCGCAGGCUAUGGAAGAAGGUUGCCGAUGGCAUUAAGAAUGGAGAUUAUGAUGUUGCCAGCAGAGAGAAGACCAAGAUUGAGAACUCACAGCGCCAGAUGCGGAAAGACGAGAUUGCCGCGGGCACUAGAUGGGAGCUCAAGUACUUCGAAAAGAUACCAGAGGACGAACUAUACGAGCGCCUCGCGGCGAUGUACGAUGGCCAACCGCCGACGGAAGAAAUGUACAUCUACAAGGGGCCUGAUGCGCUGAAGGAUUAGGAAUGUCCUGCGAUGCGAUAUGAUGUUCCGCACGCACGCAUGGGUGGAGGGCCCCCACGGGAUCCGGGUCGUGACUUGGCCGGAAACGUACGCUGAGGUAUGUGGCCCUGUGUGGUAAGGCUUCGAUGGGCAUUACGAAUGUACGGCCACGGCCCGCUUACCUGCUGUAUUGUUACCCUUUUGUCUGGAAAAAAGACAGUCAUCUAAAUAUACAUGCGUGGAAGCC